UCGUCCGUCGUCUCUCCCUUCGCCUCGCCCAACGCCAUCCCUCCCCGCACCAGCUCCCACGGGCUCGUGAACCCCAACACCGCAGCACAGAGGUCACGCGUCAGCGUCCUGCGGCCACUGUCCGAGAUCGACUGGAUGUCCCAGGGCUCGUCGCUGUCGGCGAGAAGCAAGAGGAGUAGUAACGCCGACGUACCGCUUGUCCAGCAGCUGCAACAGCAACAACAACAUCAGACCCCGCCUACUUCUCCAGUUACCGCUUCGAACAUGGCAUCACCGCCUCCACCGCCUUGCUCGCAAGACCUCUUCAACGACAAGCUCAUCUACGGCAGUCAGUCGACGUGGACGGAGGAGAAGGAGCGCAUCUUACUAGGGCCCUAUGAUUACCUGGUAGGACACCCUGGCAAGGAUAUCCGUAGUCAAUUCAUUGCUGCGUUCAACAAGUGGUUGAGGGUGCCGGAGGAUCGGCUAGAGGUCAUUACGAGGGUGGUCGGGAUGCUGCACACCGCUUCGUUAUUAGUGGACGAUGUAGAAGACUCCUCCGUCCUGCGCCGCGGCAUCCCCGUCGCCAACUCCAUCUUCGGCACUGCGCAAACCAUCAACUCGGCCAACUACGUCUACUUCAAGGCGCUGGCCGAUGUCGUCUCGCUGGGCAACCCGAAACUCAUCGACAUCUUCACCGAAGAGUUGAUCAAUCUGCACAGAGGCCAGGGUAUGGAGCUGUACUGGAGGGAUAGCCUGACGUGUCCCACCGAGGAGGAUUAUCUCGAGAUGGUGGGGAACAAGACGGGCGGACUGUUUAGAUUGGCGAUUAAGCUGAUGCAGGCGGAGAGUCGGGUGGAUAUCGACUGCACCCCGCUCGUCUCCACCGUAGGAGUCCUCUUCCAAAUCCUCGACGACCACCUCAAUCUCUCCCCCACCUCGGGCUACUCGUCCUUGAAAGGCCUCUGCGAAGACCUGACAGAAGGCAAAUUCUCCUUCCCCGUCAUCCACGCCAUCCGCGCCGACCCCUCGAAUCACGUGCUCAUGAACAUCUUGAAGCAGAAGACGGGCGACGAGGAGGUCAAGAGGUAUGCGGUUCGGUAUAUGCAGGAGAGGGGCAGCUUCGAGUAUAGUAGGGCGGUUAUCGAGAGGUUGAGGGCGAGGAGUGAAGAGUUGGUGGGUCAGGUGGAGGGGAGGCUGGGGGAGUUGGGGGUUGAGGCCGAGGAGGGGGGUGCGGCGUUGAGGACGGUUUUGGAGAGGUUGGUGUUGAGGUAG